GUUUCGUCAGACGGUCGCGGGCGCGAGGGAUUGUCGGCGGCCAAAAUUUCCCGUGCUCGCGCGUGCCGCGAUGGUUCCGUUUGCGGUCCUGGCCGUCACCUGCUCGGCGUACCUGUUCGCCGUCGGUCCGGGCUCCUCGUACGGUGCAAAAAUGAAUCAUCUCCAGAUACUAGACAGUCUUCUGAAGAAAAACUAUGACAGACGGGCGACACCGACGAACCACCUGAAUAAUGCUACCACUGUUCAUUGCGAGUUGUACAUUAGAAGUUUUGGAUCCAUUAGCCCGGUUACCAUGGAUUACGAGGUUGACCUGUAUUUACGACAAAAGUGGCAAGAUGCGAGAUUGCAACACAAAGACAUAACGGAAUCACUGGACCUAAAUGAUCCGAAUUUAGUCAAAGCCAUCUGGAAACCUGAAGUUUACUUUCCAAAUGCAAAACACGCAGAAUUCCAAUUCGUUACUGUGCCCAACGUGUUGAUACGCAUCAAACCUGAUGGAGAUAUACUUUAUAUGCUCAGAUUGAAGUUGACAUUUUCAUGUAUGAUGGACCUGUCUAAAUUUCCAUUGGAUAACCAAAUUUGCACGAUGGAAGUGGCCAGUUUUUCAAAAACUAUUGAAGAACUUCGAUUGGAGUGGAAAAAUACGGACCCCGUACUAAUGGCCAAAGGAUUGAGAAUGCCACAAUUUGAAAUUGUAGACAUCGUGCCUUCCGACUGUCAAGAAUCAUUUCAAAUAGGCAAUUACAGUUGUCUGGUGGCCCAGUUCUAUCUGAGCCGUAGCGUGGGUUUCCAUCUAGUCCAGAGUUAUCUGCCCACCAUGCUGAUCGUGGUCAUCUCCUGGGUGUCGUUUUGGAUGGACGUCGACUCGGUGCCUGGCCGGACCACGCUGGGAGUGACGACGUUGCUGGCCGUCGGUUCGCAAUCUUCGGGUAUCCAAAGUGGUCUGCCACAAGUCAGCUACGUUAAGGCCAUAGAUGUGUGGAUGGGCACUUGUACAGCGUUCGUGUUUUGCGCAUUGCUAGAAUUCACGGUCGUCAACUAUAUGUGGAGAAAACUGAGGCCAGACAUAUUGCGAAAUAUAUUAACAGAACCGGUGAACGGUGGCACCGCGGGCACAAAACCGUACGACGAAAAUCUACCCUCGUCGCCGGUCAUACCAGUCAGCGUGGUGAAGAAAAUCUUACAACAAGAAUGCGCCUACUCGACGUCCGCGGAAACCAACACGGUGCUGGCGAGGAAGAUCGACGAAUACUCCAGACUGCUGUUCCCGGUCGCGUUCAUAGCGUUCAACGCGCUGUAUUGGCCGUAUUAUUUGCAAAACUAAAUUUAAAAAAACCACACCAUCCCCGCGCCGCCGCCACAACAGCAACACCUAAAAGACGGAAUGUGCGAUCAGCGGACGACACGCGCGCCUAUAUAACAAUAUUAUUAUACCGCUCUCACUAUCUCCACGUAAAAACGACUCCGUUACACCCGCGCAAUAACAAUAGUAAUAGUGAUAACAACCGUCGUAAUUUAAAAUAUUAUCAUCGUCGCGGCCCCCUCUCCGCAGCGCGUGUGUUGUAUUAUUUUCCCCGACGAAAUAUUAGAGAGAAAAAAAAUUCAGCGUCACUUUACGACGGGCGGCCGCGCGUACUUAGCACGCGCACACACGAACCUCUCUGCAGCUGCAGGCGGGUGCCUACGACUUACAAGCGGCGGCAUGUCGUCGACCAGUGGCGAAGCGUCAUGGGAGACAACGUCUCCCCCACUAUUAUAAAUUAGACCGCGGGACAAAUAAUUUUCUUUUAUAAUAUAUAUAUAUACGUAUUUACAAAUUUCAAAGUCAUAUUUUAUAUUUUAAAUAUGAUGUGUGUUUCGAUAUUUGUUGAAAUCGGUUUUUCGUUGUACAGUUAUAUAGAAUAUUCUUAAAAUGGAUUAGGAGCGCUCGAUACGGCCGUGCGUUCAAGCUGGCGAUGCGGGUCAUUCCAAAUAUGGUAUUAUGUCAAAGAGACGUCUCCCAAUAAUGGGCUCGCGGGUACAGGGGGGAUUUUAAUGUGUAUGGGGUUUGCUAUCUGCGCUACGAGACGCGUCUCGCAGUUCGUAUUACCUACGUCAGUCCUCAAUUAUCGACGUCGCCGUAUCAGAGCAAUUUUUUUUUUUUUCAAAGUCUCCCCGACCAAAAACUCACGCCUCGCCACUGUCGUCGACACAUGGUCGGUGUGAUACAUCUACCGUGGUAUAUUAUUAUAUAGGCAAUAGUGUAAAUACCUAUACCGCGAUAUCCCACGGACAUUAAUUCCACUAUAAGCGACACAACAUCGGCGGCGGCGGCGGCGGCGGCGGAAUGAUAUUGUUAUGUACCUACGUGGAAUCGCCGUUGUUAUGUCGUCACGAACAAUGUCGGCAUCUGGCCCAACGUUCGUUUUUUGUUUUUCCAUUUGUUUGAAUUCCGUUUUUUUUCUCGUCUCGACAAAGGCAACGGACGUUCACCGUAAACCCUUCCGGCACACAGCACCGCUCGUACAGAUAUAAACUGUAUUAUUAUACGUCAUAAUAAUAUACUCGCACAAACGGCGCGUGGGUUCUACAACAAUUAUUAUACGGAGCGGUUUGCCGACCUCUAAUAAUACACUUUUUAUUCAAAUUAUGAUUUUUGACGUUUUCUAAUAUAGUUAAGUUGUUAUAUUAUACUGACAAUAUUUUCAAAUACUUUAGAUCUAGAGGAGCGUGGUGAAUUCAGAAUUAAUUUUUUCAUAAUAUGUGGACUAACCCUUUUCAUUAUAAAACGGUGGGCAGAAUAAUUGGUUAUUUCAACAUCUUAUUGAAUCAUUUUCUCAUGUAUAAUCAAAAUUCAAACUAGGUAGUAGCAUAGCAGUUUGAUUAUUCGACUAUUAUUGUAUGUGUUAAGGAUAAAAUAUAUAGGUAGAUACAUGAUAGGUUUGGAAGAUAUAAUAUAAUGAGGUACCAAUUAUAGUAUGGUAAUGAUGAUUUUAAUUAUUAAUUAUAUAAUAAUAUAUUUAAACGAAUCUAUUAACAUAUUAUCAUAUAAUUUGUUAUAAUAUUGUACGAGUUUAAUAUAAGUACUAUACUAUACUAUAUUAUAUAAUAAUAAAUUGUAUAUUUUAAAGCCAUUAUUGGGGACUAUUAUCCGAAGUCGUCCUUAAUUUCAAUAACUCAGAAACUACUGGUUUGAAUUUAAAUUUAGGCAGGUAUUUAAACAUUUUCAAAACAAUCAUCUAUUCAGUAACAUUAAUUUAACGUAGAGCUGUGGUCUAAGAUGUAUGUAUUUAAAAAUAUGUUGGUCCUUAUGUAUACUUGAAAAUUACAAAAAUUAUAAUUUGAAUAAAUGCGCAUCAUUACAGGAAACCAAACGGUGGUGAGCGUGCGUGAUUAAUCACCCUGUAUAUAAUAUAUGCUAUACACCGAGAAAACGUAAUCCGCUGAUUAUCCCCUGCAUUAUACUGCUUAAACGCAUAUACGUACCACCGCUCUAGUUUUCGUCCUCUUUUGUUAUUUUUCUCUUAUUUUAAUUCCCGUACAAUACGACGGCACAGGUAGUAUAUAGUAUAUACUCCCCUAUAGGUACUGAGGCAGUACUUUUAUCAACUCACAAUGGUUUUCUCGGUGAACGUUUGUGAAUUUGAAAAUAUGUUUUUGCUCACACAUUAAGAUGUUAAAAAAAAAUUGAAAAAAAAAUUAUUUAAAAAAAAACAGAAAUUUACCGGAAAAAUUACUGUGCAAUGAUGAUAAAAGAAUCGCUCUGUAUAAACGCGUGUACAAAAUUACUAUACAAGCUGAAUACGAUUACACCACAAUAAUAAUGAGAUUAUGUUUAUGGUAAUUCGAGAUCAUCGCGGUUUGUAUCUUUAUAUCUCUGUCUAAUAAUAAUAACUCAGUCUGAAAAACCCGAAAAUUAUAGUCCCUUUCAAUCCUUGUCAUUCGUUCGCUAUGCGUUUUAAUUUGCGCAAUAUAAUAUAAAAAUUCAUCUCAUGUAUCGUCCGUCCUCCUAUAUAAAUUCUAUUACAUCCGGUCACUUUUGAACCAGAAGUAAAAGUUUUAAUACAAACUAUGGUUAUAAUAAAUUACAUUUUUCACAUUUCGCAUCCAUCAUUAUAAUACUUUUCACUGUAAAUAAAAAUACACUUAUUUAUAAAUAAUAAUAUAAUAUUAUGAUAAGUUACCCGGUAACACAUAUUUUAUACGGUUUUUUUUGUUUAGAAUCUUUAAAUAAAAAUUAUUUUUUAAGAACUAGCAACCCCCAUCAUACUUAUAGUUAGGUAGGUAUUGAUUAAACGAUAUUAUAUCAUGUAUAUAAUAUAUAUUAUAAUUAGAGUACGGAUUUUAAAUCAAUAAAUAACUAUUGAAAAAGCUUUAAAAUAAGGCUAUAAGAAUCCUUAAAACAACUAAUUAUAAAAUCUGUUUUUAAGAUUGUUUUAUUAGCUAAUUACUAAUAUUAUGUUUACGCUAAUUAAUGUUACUAAUAUUUUUCCUUUCAGUGAUUAAUCUGUACAUUUAAUAAAAUAUUUUAGAUAAUUUAUAAAAAUUAAUAAAAUAAUAGUACGUACUUAUAGGCUGUCCAGCGAGAGAACUCGCCGCGCACCGACCAAAACUGGUUGCUCCACACAACACUCUGCCAUGGGUUUCGAUAGCAGUAAGACGCGGGGAGAUGCGCAGAAUGGGCCCGUUCUCUCGCUGGACAGAGUAUACUUACUAACUAAUUUACUUACACCCAUCCUCUUACUUCUUAGUUGCAUUGGACGAUCAAAGUUUUUUUUAAUCUUUUAAUAUUUCAAACAAAAAUCUUUGACGACAAUCAGACACUACAAUUUGUUUGUAUUUGGAAAAACUACUUUCCACGUCAACUGACAAAAUUUAAUUGAAAGAUUGAGAAAAAAAAAUUUGGUAUGUUUUUUUUUUAAUAAUUAAUACACUAAAGUUGAUUAAAUAUCUAAAAUGAUAUUAAAACACAAAAAUAACAAAAAUCCAUAAAAUCCAAAAUCAGCACAAAAAAGUAAAAUAAAAUUAUAUGUACCUACUAUCUACCCUACAUUUAUUACGUUAAACUAAAUUAGAUAAUAUGUAUAGCUUAUUGAACUUCGUUUUGAACUUGUACAUGCAAAAAAUUAAAUGUCUUUAAAAUCCAUACUUUAAUUAUAAUGUUAUAUUAUAUUUUAUUCAUUGUUUUAAAUAUUCUUCUUACAAACAUGAGACCUAUACGUGUUAUUAUCACUAACCUACGGUCCAUGAUUUUUAAAUUUCAUCGCAUGUCGUUAUUUUGUCUAACCGUUUAAGUAUUUUUCAUUUUAAAAAUUAACAACUCGCUGGAACAUGUUUAAUAAUAAUUAGGAUGAUCGAGUACCUGUACAUAUUAAAAAUAAUUGUUAUCGUUAAAUUUACCUAUUUUUCGUCACAGUCCAUACCUUUUACAGUUAUACGUACUCACCACAGUGAUUUGUUAUUUUUCAAUACUUUUACCUAUUGUAUAGUGUUAGUUCGUAAUAUAAUGACGUUAAACUCAAUCCGUGAACUGUAAACGACAAGCAUUAUGAUUGUUACUAAAAAAAACCGCUCCAAAUUUAAAUAAAUACGCGGACCUUUAGAACACACUAUAUUAAAAAUAUACUCAACGAUCUAACAGUUAAAUAUCCAUAGCGGUGGGGGAAUGAGUUUAAACUUUGAAACCGUUGUUUUGUAUGUAUAAAAAUGAGUAUAAAUGUGAAUAAGAGUUUAAUCAUUUUUGAAAAUAUUUUUAUUUAUAAGUACAUAAUAUAUACCUAUAUUAUUUUAAUAUUAUACAUAUAUUUUAUCAUGCGGUCCAAGAUAACUAUAUUAAUAACAUAAUCUCUCUACAUUAUUUUGUUUCGAUAAAAUACGAUUUUAACCUACUCUCGCGAUGGACGGAAUCCGGGCUCUACAACACGACCGCACGGAGAGUAUAAUAAUAAUAUGAUACCUACCUAUGAAAUAUAACUAUUAUAGUUGUAUGUAUGUUGUGCCAGCAUGUGUAGAGUCUCCGAGUUGUACUAUAGAAUCUUAGCGCACCACCGUCGAUGUGUAAUUUGGUAGUGUUCUUCGCAUGGGCCAGUCAGAUCAGGUCCUAAAGUUGAACUGUCGUAAUGAACAGAGACACAACGAGCAAUGCCGCACUAGAAAAUUUUGGAAACGAGUUCGACGCGCUGUUGUUGCCGCUGUCGGUGGUGGACAACUGCAGAACAUCGGAACGAGGUACACAUGGGGCCCCACUUUAACAUUUGUCCCCUGUACUAAACAUUUUUGCGGGCCCUAUAAAAUAUUACCAUUUAACAUAAAAUAAGUAGUCCUUUCAAAAUUUUAAAAAUUACAUAUUCAUUUUAACGGGAAUCUAGAACAGCCGGCCUCUGAAAUCCAGGUCCAACAGCACCUCCCCCCCUCGUAGAGGCCCUGUAGGUACAUAUAAUUAUUGUUGUAUUCAAUAUGAUAUAGGGUAGAUACUUGAUGUAAACGAUGCUAAAACGAUUAAACGAACCGCACAGGCGUUUUGUCGGCCGGACCGAAGUUUGAAAACCGUUCCAAUCCAGAAUUUUCGUGAAUCUUAUAACAAAUAUUGUAUGUGUUAUAUAAUAUAACUUUAAACUUAAUACAUACAUUUAAUAUAUCAUUAUACAGAGUGAUUUUUUUCGACGUAAUCAACUCGUUUUAUCUUUCAAAUAUUGUAUGUUUUUUUUUUUUAAUUAUAUGUUUGAAACAAUACUUUAUUACGACACUAUAAUAAUAUAAGUGAUUUUUAAGAGUUUUAGUUGAUGUUUAAAAAUGUACGAGCUGCAAAAUCCUUGGUUUUAAUUUUACAUAAACUUUUAGGUGAAAGUAUAUUGUUGGGUCAAAACCCCAUGUCUGUAGAUAUAUCUACAUUAUUGUGAUGUUCUCACAAAAAUAUGUAUUAAUCUCGAUGGAUUACAAAUAAUCGUGCAGUUCAACGGUAAAAAAAAACGUGUAAACAAAAUAACAAUACAAAAUUUGAUUUUUUCAGUCUUAAAAAACGAACUAAUAAAAUGAAACCGUAUUCGUUAAAAAAAAAAAUCACUUUCUAUCACACAGCGCAGGGUGUAUCACGAUCGGGAUUAGCCAUGUUUAAUGUAUGUGUUUUCAUUGUAAAAUAAUCGAGAUCUUAUAGUGAUACGCCCUAUUUUAUAAAUAAUUAUAAUAUUUGAAUGGUACGAAUGGCUACCUACCGUCUAAUUUAUUAUGUGCUAAAUUUAAUACCGUAGUUAGUUAUUUAUGACAUUGUGCGUCUAAAUGGUUUAAAAACAUAUAUUAUAUUAUAAAGUAUUAUCUAAUUAUUUUAUGUUAUUCUACAUUAUGUGUUAAAUUAAAAUCUAUUUUAUUGGCUAAAUAUUAUUGAAUUUAUUAUAUUAUAUUAAUAUUACCUUUAUAUAUAUAUA